CACAAGGCUCGAGUGGUUGCCCAAGGCUUCUCCCAGCGUCCUGGCUUCGACUACCUCGAGGUUUUUGCUCCCACUGUCCGCCUCUCCACCAUUCGCUUCAUCCUGUCCCUUGCUGCCAUCCAUGACCUCCACCUUCGCUCUGUCGAAAUC